AUGGACACAAAGAAGCAGCAAGCUGAACAAAACAACGAACAGCAGAACGUUACAAGACAGAAUGCUCAAGAGCCGCCUAAUGACCAGCAACCCCAACAGCAACCACCACAUCAUCCGCACUAUGACUUAUCAUCGUUUCCUGGCAUAACCCAUCCUACCACUACUGUUGUCGUUGACCCUGCUCUCCAAGAAAAAGGAUCUCCGGCCACUUUUGCGUAUGGUCAGGCAUAUAAUCUAAUUAUCCCUCCAGGAAGUCAUCCAUUCGUCAUCACACCAGGCACAGCAGGUGCUCCUACUUCACAGCCAGGUCAACCUGCACCACCGACAGGAAUGGAUGAGCACGAAGAGCCACUAUAUGUCAAUGCCAAACAGUAUCACCGAAUUCUAAAACGAAGGCAAGCUAGAGCGAAAUUGGAAGCUGAAAAUAAAAUAUCGCGAGGCAGAAAGAAAUACCUUCACGAAUCUCGGCAUAAACAUGCCAUGCGUCGACCACGUGGUCCAGGUGGGCGUUUCCUGACUGCAGCAGAGAUCGCCGACAUGGAAAGUAAAAAGAAAGAGGACGACAACGGAUUGGCCGGAAAUAUAGGCGAUUCGCAAACAAAUGUAAAUAAUGGCAGUACCGAUGUAGCAAUGGCGAAUGUGGAGAACGGCGUCAAAGUCGAAUAG